AUUUUUGUACUAUCUUACUAUACUUAGCAUUAUUUUAUUAUUUGUUUUUUAAUUGAAUGAUUCCCGAAUCGAUUCGUAUUAUGUUGAUAACUUACAACGAACUAACAAUUUUUACCGUAUACAUAAUAUAUAAUAGUUUAGGAAACCUUUUUUUUUCGACCUAUCUCGACUUAAUUAGCCCUGUAAGUUGAAGAGUAAGUUAGCUGUCGAAAAACAAUGUAAACCAAACUACAUAGCUAGGUUAUUAAAUAAAACAGAUCUGAUAAAAAUAAAAAUGUUGUUACUGUAAAUUCUAGCUAGAACAUAGUUACAUUGUGUAACAAGACCAUAAAGAAGGCCUAUUGACGAGUGGGGGAUUGCAGAGCACCGUAUAAAACUGUCCACUCGCCAACGUCCAGCAUCACAGCACCUGGUGUCAUCUCAUCCAUCACACCAUGUCUUCUCUGAGGAUAUUUCUACUCUGCACUAUCUUUUGCUAUUCACUAGCACAAGAAGUGCACCAAGAAAGAAAACUAGACAAAAGAGGAAUCUUUAGUUCAUAUGGACAUGGAUAUGGCUACCCCUAUCACGGAUAUGGAUCUGGAUACGGUUAUGGAUCCGGAUAUGGAUAUGGCUCUGGAUUAGGAGGAGGAUAUGGCAUAGGUCUCGGUGGAGGAGUGGGUGGAGGAUUAGGCGGAGGCUUCGGAGGCGGGUUUGGAGGUGGCAUCGCAGCCGGCCCACAGCUGAUCUCUAGGCAAGUGACAGUGACCAACAGGGUCGGCAUCCCGAUACCACAGCCCGUGCAAGUACCAGUGGACCGUCCCGUUCCAGUACCAGUGCCUCAGAAUGUCCCUGUACCAGUAGAUCGUCCCUACCCCGUCCCAGUACCUCGUCCCGUUCCUGUACCGGUCGACAGGCCUAUUCCAAUCACCGUAGAGCGCCCAGUACCAGUACCUGUACCUCAGCCAGUCUCUGUUCCUGUCCCUAGGCCUGUACCCGUUCCAGUCCCAUCUCCUGUUCCAGUUCCAGUCUACAACAACAUUCCUGUACCAGUGCCUCAGCCCGUACCAGUUCCAGUUGGAGGCGGUGGUCUUGGAGGUGGAUUCGGAGGUGGCUUAGGAGGUGGGCUAGGAGGUGGACUUGGAGGUGGACUUGGAGGAGGUUUCGGAGGUGGUCUCGGUGGAGGAUACGGCUAUGGUCAUGGCUAUGGCCAUGGGAUUCCGCUCCAGCUCACAAAGCCAGAUCAACUCAGCAGUGGCUGCAAAAGAACAUUCCAUAGUUCAUCUCUGCCUUUGAUUGGCCCUCAGGAAGACCUAAUCUCAACCCAGUAG